AUGCGCGCGCUCGCGCGCACCCCGUCCAUCCCCGCGUUCGCGCGCGCGCGAUGCACCGCGAGCGCGCGCGACAGACGCGCCGUCGUUCGCCGAGGCGAUCUCGGCGGGAGUUACGGCGACACGUUCAACGACGUGGACUCGGUGUUGAUGAAUUAUUUCACCUUUCGAGCGCUCAAGGAGACGCUGGCGCAGAUACAAGAGACGGAUCUCUCGCCCGGUAAGGGUGAGUACAAGUGGCUGUAUAACUUCGCCGCGACGGAGUAUCAGAAUAGAGGGGAUGAAUUCGUGAAGAAGUUGUUCGCGGAGGGACGGAGCGAUCACGCGCAGAGGAUAUUGGCGCAGCGCGUGGUGCUCAUGCGACGUUGGAGGAGUUACUUCAACCGAGGACUCGGCGGGGAGAAGGCGCAGGAGAAGUUUGAGCGAACCAACUUGGACAUCUUGCGAGCGACGUUGGUUUGUUCGUUGGAAAGAUCCACGGAUGAAUCGCUCGCGGAAGAUCCGGAUUGCGCCGAUCCGGACAUGUUGUAUAACAGGAUUUUAAAGGAAAACGAAGAUGACAGUUGA